AUGAAGCGGCCACUGAGCCCAUCUCCCCCGGGUGAGAAGGAGCCGCCCACAUCUGGAGCUACUGAGUGCCCCCCUCGGCCCCCAGAACUGCCUAAGCCCAAGCGGGAAAGAAAACGGCCAUCCUACACGCUCUGUGAUGUCUGCAACAUCCAGCUGAACUCAGCAGCCCAGGCCCAGGUGCACUGCGGGGGGCGCGCCCACCAGAGGCGGCUUCGGCAGCUCAGCUUGGGAAAGACCCCUGCCGGGCCAGCAGGCCCGGCCUCCAGCGCCCCCAGCCCCCUGCUGGCCUCCCUGCCCCUGCCUGCCAGGCCUCUGCAGCCCCCGCUGGACUUCAAGCACUUGCUCGCCUUCCACUUCAAUGGCGCCACCCCGCUCAGUCUCACCCCCAACUUCAGCACGAUGGACCCAAUCCAGAAAGCUGUCAUCAGCCACACGUUUGGGGUCCCCUCCCCUCUGAAGAAGAAGCUCUUCAUUUCCUGUAACAUCUGUCACCUGAGGUUCAACUCAGCGAACCAAGCUGAAGCACAUUACAAAGGCCACAAACAUGCCAGAAAACUCAAGGCUGUCGAAGCCGCCAAGAGCAAGCAGAGGCCACAAACCCUGGCCCGGGAUGGGGUGCUGGUGUCCCCCACCCUGACUCCAGCCAGUGGAUCCCCUGGAGAGCCGCACAGCAAAGCCGUUCCUGCAGCCCCACCCCCUGGCCCCCAACUCCAGCCACCGCUGACUCUGGACCCCACGCCGAGGGAGCCGGCUCACUCAGAUCUCUUGGAUGCUGCCUCCUCUUCCUCUUCUUCCUCCUGCCCACCCUGCUCUCCAGAGCCUGGGAGAGAGGCACCAGGGCCUGAGCCUGCAGUGGCUGCUGUGGGAAACGGUGUGAACGGUGUGAACGGGGAGGGCAGGAGCGAGAAGGGACGCCUCUAUUGCCCCACGUGCAAGGUGACAGUGAACUCCGCCUCCCAGCUUCAGGCUCACAACACAGGAGCCAAGCACCGGUGGAUGGUGGAAGGUCAGCGAGGUGCUCCUCGAAGGGGCCGGGGCCGCCCUGUGCCCCGGGGAGGUGGACACAAGGCCAAGAGAGUGGCAGGGGGCCAGGGCGGCCGACAGGGGCCCAGCCCCCCCUUUCACUGUGCCCUGUGUCAGCUCCAGGUCAAUUCAGAGACCCAACUCAAGCAGCACCUGAGCAGCAGGAGGCACAAAGACCGCCUGGCUGGGAAGCCCCCCAAGCCCUCCAGCCAGCACAGCAAGCUGCAGAAACAUGCAGCGCUGGCUGUGAGUAUCCUCAAGUCGAAGCUAGCCUUGCAGAAGCAACUCACCAAGACACUUGCAGCCCGCUUCCUGCCCAGCCCGAUCCCCGCCGCUGCCGCAGCCAUCUGUGCGCUGCCAGGGCCCUUGGCCCUCAGGCCUGCCCCCACAGCAGCCACCACCCUCUUCCCAGCUCCCAUCCUGGGCCCGGCUCUGUUUCGCACCCCAGCAGGAGCCGUCCGCCCUGCCACAGGGCCCAUCGUUUUUGCCCCCUACUAGGC